AAGCUCGUACAACAACAUUAAAUGAAGAAUUAGGACAAAUUGAAUAUAUAUUUUCGGAUAAAACAGGCACAUUAACACAGAAUAUAAUGACCUUCAAUAAAUGUUCAAUACAAGGCAACCUUUAUGGUUAUGUAAUGGAUGAAGCUGGUAAUGAAAUUCAAGAUCCUGAAAAAAUGAAAGAAAUUGAAUUCGAAGAAAAAGAUGAUGAUUUUACUUGGUAUGAUCAAAAAUUAUUGGAUGAAAUAAAAAAAGGCGAUAAAGAUGUUCAUAAUUUUUUUACAUUAUUGGCAUUAUGUCAUACUGUUAUGCCAGAAGAAAAAGAUGGAAAAAUUAUCUAUCAAGCUCAAUCACCGGACGAAAAUGCACUUGUAUCAGCUGCACGUACUUUUGGUUUUGUUUUUGUUAAUCGUACUCAAAGCACUAUUACAGUUCGACUUCAAAAUAAAGAAGAAACAUACGAUCUAUUGAAUAUACUUGAUUUUGAUAAUGAUCGCAAACGAAUGUCGGUUAUUGUUAAAAAAGGCGGAAAAAUAAUUUUAUUCUGUAAAGGUGCUGAUUCCAAAAUAAAAGAACGUUUAGAUCCAUCAGAAAAAGAUAUUAUGGCCGAAACAGAUGAACAUUUAAACAAAUUUGCAACGGAUGGUUUACGUACACUUUGUUUAGCUUAUAAAGAAUUAAAUGAUGGUGAUUAUAACAAAUGGGCAGAAAAAUUAAAUAAAGCAAAUACAAGUAUGGAAAAACGUGAAGAAAAAGUGAAUGAAACUUAUGAAGAAAUUGAAAAAAAUCUGAAAUUAAUUGGUGCUACUGCUAUUGAAGAUAAAUUACAAGAUGGAGUACCACAAUGUAUUGAACGUUUAGCGCGUGCUGGUAUUAAAAUAUGGGUUUUAACUGGUGAUAAAGUUGAAACUGCUUAUAAUAUUGGUUUAUCAUGUCGUUUAAUAACAAAUGAUAUGGAAAUUUACAUUAUUGAAGAAGAUAGUGAAACUGCUGUUGAAAAAAAAUUAUUAGAAAUUCGAAAUGAAAUGAUGAAAAAAAUCGAACAAUUAUUUGGUGUAAAAAUUGAAGAUAAAAAGAAGAGAUUGGAUUGGAAAGAUUGGGGUAUUGAUGUAAUGAAAUUUGAUCAACAUAGAAAAGCUACUGAUAAUAAUAACAGUAAUGGUAAUAAUCAACGUCCAAAUGGUCAUACAGCAGCAACAACUGAUUCUGGUACACAUGAUCGUGAACAAUUUGAAGGUUUUGGUUUAUUAAUAACUGGUCAAGCAUUAGCAUUUGCUUUAUCUGAUAAAUUAAAAAUGAAAUUACUUGAACUUGGUACAAUGUGUAAAGCUGUUAUUUGUUGUCGUGUAACACCAUUACAAAAAGCUCAAGUUGUUGAAUUAGUUAUGCAAAAUGAAAAGAAAAUUACUUUAGCCAUUGGUGAUGGUGCAAAUGAUGUUUCAAUGAUACAAAAAGCACAUAUUGGUGUUGGAAUUAGUGGACAAGAAGGUCGACAAGCUGUUUUAGCUAGUGAUUAUAGUUUUGGACAAUUUCGUUAUCUUGAAAGAUUAUUACUUGUUCAUGGUCGUUGGUCAUAUUUACGAAUUUCAAAAUUUUUACGUUAUUUUUUCUAUAAGAAUUUUGCUUUUACACUCUGUCAUUUUUGGUUUGGAUUUUUUUCGGGUUUUUCUGCACAGACUUUAUAUGAUCCAUUCUUCGUAGCAACAUACAAUGUUUUCUUCUCGUCAUUACCAGUACUAGCACUAGGCGUGUUUGAUCAGGAUGUUAGCGCUGAUCAUUCAAUGAGUAAACCUCCGUUAUAUACACCUGGCCAAAAUAAUGAAUUUUUUAAUAAGAAAAUCUUUGCUGAAAGUGUUAUACAUGGAAUAUUAACAUCUUGUAUUAUAUUUUUUGUUCCAUAUUUAUCCGUAUCGAACAGUACAAGACCAGGUGGGAUGACUCAAGCGGAUUUACAAUCAUUUGGAUUUAUGGUUGCUACAAUUAUGGUUAUUGUUGUGAAUUUAGAAAACGCACUUGAAACAUGGUAUUGGACAGGCUUAUAUCAUUUUGUCCUAUGGGGUACAAUAGUUGUACAUUUUCUAUUUCAUUUUGUAUUAUACUCAACAAUUAUCUAUCAAAUUUUUAAAACAAAUUAUGGGUAUGUGGGGGUGGCACAAUCAGUUUUAUCGACAGGCAAUUUUUGGUUUACAUUAUUUCUUACAUGUACAAUAUUAUUAUUACCUGUAUUCUGUCGAGAAUUUUUCCGUAUGAGAUUUAUGCCAAAUAAAACAGAUCGUGCACGAUUAAAUCAAAAAUUUCGUACCGAAGAGAAAGCAGCAUUUGUUGCACAUAUACAACAAAAACUUCGUCAAAGCAAACGUUCAAUUCGAUCAGGUUAUGCUUUUUCUCAGCAACAAGGUUGGGGUCCAUUAAUUACAUCUGGACGUAUGCAAUCAAAAUCUGCUACACAUGCACGUCAACAACAACAACCAACACAAAACAAUAAUGUAAGUAGAAAAUUAAAUUUAUAUGAAAAAGAAAUUUUUUUCUCUUUCUCUAUUCGUGGUUUUUGUUUUUUUUGAAUUUAUGUGUAAAAAAACAAGAAUCUUGUUAAAUUUCUUCUUUGUGCUUUCUUUUUUUUUCCUUCAAUGAUUUAUCCGACGUCUAUCUUGUCUAGUUAAGAAACAGAGUUCACCCAAUGCCGAAUAUUAAUUCAUCAAAUAAUCCAUCGGAAAAUACAACGGACAAAACAACAAACAGGAGAAAUUAGUAUUUGAAGUAAGAGAGAAAGAUUAAAUAUAAAAAUGAAUAAAUAAGCACACAUUUACUGAGCGA